GUAGGUGGCUUUUAUUGAAAUGCGUGAAGAGCAUGGUGGAGGAUCAGUGAAAUCAAUUUAGAUAAAUGUUUGGCUGUUUGUUUAAAAUAUAAGACUAAUAAAAAAUUAUAAAUUAUAUAUCAUGGAUUGGAAAAACGCAAGAGUUUUGAUAGCAUCCACAGCCGCCGUCGUAGUUGCUUCUCAAGUGGUGAAACAGUUGUGUAAAUACUUUUACAACCUUAGAAGAAAAGCUGAAACUGAUACAGUAAGUGACGAUGCGUGUAGCGAUGUCCUUUGCACUAAAAAUAAAGAAAUUAACGAUGUGAUAUUGUUUUCUGAUGACUCAUUGAGGCGUUCUAUAAAAGUCCCGGCCAAUAAAGACGUUAGUAUAUGUGAGAGUCGAGAGAUAAAUUGCUUCAAGUUAAUAAAAUACAUAAAAUCUGCUCGAGAAACAUUGGAUGUUUGUAUGUACCUUAUAACUAGUACUGAAAUUGCCGAACAAAUAAUAAGGCUAGGACAAAAACAUGUGCUAGUAAGAAUUGUUGUUGACAGUGAUAUGGCCUUUACACCUCCAUCACAAAUAAAAAAGCUAACGGAAUAUAGUUUCAUAAAGGUGCAAACCAAUAAGAAGACCAUUCUAAUGCACCAUAAGUUUUGCAUCAUUGAUGGCCCUAAAGCAAUAAAAAGAAAAAGUGCUCUUAAAGCUUAUGCUGAAAAACUAAAUGUACACGCCCAAUUUGUGAAGAACCACAUUAAAGCAUCAAAAACCAAGCCUAUAAGAGGUUUUGUAAUGUCUGGCUCAUUGAACUGGUCUACCCAGGCAAUGGUAUCAAAUCAUGAAAGUGUUAUUGUAACUUCAAAUACUAAUAUUUUAAAUAAAUUUGAAAAAGAAUUCGAAAGCCUUUGGGUAGAAGAAGAACCGGUUCUUUUAACAAAUAUAUGACAAUCUAGAUAGUUAAUAAUUUGUAGGACAUACUAAGAAUAUCAUACGCCGUUUCAUGUUACACCUCUACACAAAAUGCGAGAAUAUAAAAUUUGUGAAAAUUUAUUAGUGCUUUAUAUUUUGGUGAAAUCAGUGGAUUUUAAAUAUUAUACGUGAAAAGUAAUGUGAAGUGAAAAUGUUGUGUUUUGGAUGCAGUGCUAAAAGAGGGCGUUGACGACAUCAUUGCUGAGCAAGUGUUGCACGAGUUUUGCUACUACACACCAGGUGGCGCUGAUUCACCGGGUUCAGCCACCGAUAACCGUCUGAUAACAAUAUAAGAGACGGCGUAGACUACAAAAACGCGAAAUAAUAUCAUCUUACAUUUCGCGGUUGCUGCAGUGCCACCAGCAUUCCACCACUUUCAGCAAUGAUACUAAGCGUCAUCCAAAGCAGAAUACACUCCAGUCCAUCGUUACACUUUUCACCACCGCAGUCACGGUUAAUAUCAAUCACCAACCUCCGAAUAUCUUAUCAUCUGACUCACUUUGAUUGAUAUUCGCUGUGAUUUCUAUUGUUAUGUAGGAAUUAUGACGAUCUCCGUGUGGUAAUAGCGAAAAUGACUCUAGUCAUAUAACGUCGAACUUUCCAACAUUUUACGUUAUCACCAACGGAGGUUCACGCAUUUUUUUGAAUAUUGACUAACAAGAUUAACAUUCUAAAGCAUGACUUUUUUUAUAUUGUUACCAUGCAUGACAGUUUUUAUGUGUGCGUGACCUGUACACUGACAUGUUAUUUUUAAUUAUAUUUACUUCAACAAUUAUUGUAUACAUUGUCGAUGCGUUGAGUACAAAACUUGAUUUUAGGUGAUUGUAAGCCUAAAUUCGAGUUUUCGUCGAUGCAUGGCAAUAUAAGAUGCAUUCUAAUUUUUUUAAGGAAAAAUUCUGAUCAUGUAAUCUUAUUAUUUUUAUUGUAAUUAUUUGGUGUUUUUGUAUUCAAUAAAUGAUUCUCAAUUU